CUCCCAUGAUGGGGGUGCCUCGCCGGCACCAAGACGGGCCGAGCCCCGGUCCCCCGUAUCAUUUGGGCCUGAGCGGCUUGUCCCAGGCGCUUAUCAUGGCUAGCCCGCCCUCGGUCUGGUGGUGUGCCCUCCGCCCUCGCUGGCAUGCACGAGUCGCAGGGAACCUGAAGGACGCAAGGAUGCACCUUUCUUGCGUCACCAGUCCAACACUGCAACAGCUAGGCAUGCAACAGCGGGAUUAUCUGCAGACGAGCCAGACUCUGCUGGUGGCGAUAAGAAGAUCGGGAUGUACCCCGCUGCCGUCAGCCGCCUUCUCUGCAGCCCCGACUCUGGGGCUGAUAGCUCGUUCCCUGAGAGACACUUCACAUCAGUCGACGACGACAAGACCGCUGCGUACCUGAUUGCCGAGUCCAGUGGCACUCAGUCGGCAGUUGCCACGCAGCCGACGUUUGAAUCGGAUUUUGCUGCCUUUGGUUCACCGGGCUGGCCAAGUCGGGAUCAGCCACUCCCCCAUCGGAGUCACGAGCCCCCUCGAGGUUCGCUGGUUGGCAGUAACGCGAUUUCGAUUCCCUUGCCGGAGACGCCCGUGUUGCCAACCCAAUGGCCUUCGAUUCGAGAGCACUCCCCUGGCGCGGCGUUUUGGCCGUCGUCUCAACCGGAGUUCAAUAUCGACGACGAUUCUGACUCCAUCCAGAGCACCAACGACAGUGUGAAAGAGUUUUGCUCCUCGUUACCGACAUGGCGUUGUGCCAAGAGACUGAGACGCGACCAGAACCUUGAAAUGACGAAACGUAUGAGGACGCCGGCGCCGCCUUCCAAGGCCCACCAUCCUUCCGCAGGCUCAGGAAGACCGUAUAUCCCGGACCUUGACUACAGCCAAGACUGGACUGACUGCCCAGAUGCGUCUCGCACCUUUCUUGCCCAGCCAAAGUAUGGCGACUCGGCCGGCUCUAAAGCCAAAAUCGAAGUCACCAUCCGGGACCGCGCCUCUUCAUCCAAGGUCGACUCGAAACGCAUUGCGCACAAGCUCUCGGAGAAGACCCGGCGGAACAGGCUUACCAUCGCGAUACGGGAGAUGCAAAAGCUGCUGCCUUCGGAAAUUGAAGGCGCGGACCAGCCCCUGUCUCAGACACAUAAAGACGCCGACUUCGUGGUCCGGCCAGGCGUGCCGAGCAGCAAGCUCGACGUGGCCGAGAUGGCGGUGGCGUACAUCAAGGAUCUGAAGGAGAAGAACAAAGAGAUGGCGAGGAGGAUACGGGAGGCCGAGCAGAAGCUGGCCCAGUGCCAGUGCUGGCGCGGCAGGGAGGAAUCGCCGCCCGAUUCGGCUGCGAGCCCGUCGACCGUGGACGGGGCGACAUGUUGAACAGGUUGGAGAGACCUGUCAUGCUAUUAUUGCUGGCUUAGGGAUUUUGAUACUGAGUGCGCGACCUGAUACCGAACC